AUGUAUGCAUCGAUCCAAACUGUAUGUGGUUGCCAUGGGUAUUUAUUAUUCGAAUCGAUUCAUUGUGAUCGAUGUCGAUCAUUGAUUCCGUUUCAACUUAGCGAGGAAUCUCUUAUUGAUAAUACAGGAAAUCCGGAUAUCAAUCAUGGAGGUAACGUUAAAAUUUUGACGUCAAACAAACAUGGAUCAAAUGUUGCCAUACCGUAUCAAAGAGUAGACAAAAGACAUGGAGCUACAACUGGUCAUGUUCGUUUUCGAGCAUUAUGUCCUUUUUGUAAUAGUCCAACAUAUGUUUUACGUUAUUAUUGUAAACGUGAACGAGUCUAUUAUCAUUUACGAAUUCAACAGUUUGGCGAAAAUGAACCAAACAUGUAUAAGUCGAUUGCUGAAACUCAAAAUAUGAGUGACCUAGAACCAAUCGAAUCAAAACAGGGACAAACAGAAAGUUCGCUAAGCAUGAGUGCUGAUGAUUCAAUAUCAAUAAGCGGUACUCUAUCUCAACAGCCACCAUCAACUAUUGUCUUCGAUCAGAAUGGUGUACAAAGUGCCAAGGAGACGCAUAUUAAAAAUGAAAAAACAUUAUAUCCAUUCAAUGAUAUCGAAGGAGAUUUAUUCGAUAUAUUAAGAAAUGGUCUUUUCUAUGAUACAAUUCUACAAUGUGAAGAUAAUGUUAAAAUACAAACUCAUCGAUGUAUUCUCGGCGGCCGUUCAGCAUGGUUUCGAAAUUUUCUUGGUGAACAUCAUAAUCUAGAAUCGCAAGGUGACUAUGUUCUACAAAUAAGUAUCGACGAUGUACAAUCGGAUGUUAUGAAUGAAAUAUUAAAUUUUAUGUAUACAAAUCGUUGUUUAAUUAGUUUAAAAAAUGCAUCAAGUUUAUUGAUUGUUGCUAAGCGAUUUGGAUUAGAUAAAUUGGUUCGGCAAAUUGGUGAAUUUCUUUUAUUUCGUCUUACGAUUGAUAACGCACUCGAAAUGUUUGUUAGUGCACAUGAAUCAGGUUCAGAAACCCUUAAAGCAGCCUGUAUACGUAUAAUUAAUCGUAAUGCUGAGAAAAUAAAACGUACAGAAAAAUGGAAAAAGUUCAAAGCUGAAUAUGUGGAUUUAGUACCUGAAUUAUAUGAAAAUCGAGUAGAACGACCACCACAUGCACAAAAAGCAUUUUUACCUGAUGUUUUCUCAGCACCAGUCAUGUUACCAGAAAGUCUUCAUGCAUUAAGUCAAUUAUAUGAAAAUCCAAUUAAACAUCGAGCUCCUUCACCAGCAUCUCAUGUUUUACCUCCACCGAAACAACGUCACAAAACUCUAACACACAACUCUCACUUUCGAGGAAAUCAACAGACUCAUAAUUAUGAGCCAAUAACUAAAGAAGCAACAGGCCCUUUUCAUCAACGAAACGGAACACCACUCUCGGCUGUUUACGAUCGAGAAAGUCCGGUAAAAAAACAAGUGAACAAUAAUAAUGCACGUCGACCUGCACCAUCGCAGCCAACAGGACCACAUCUGGCACGUCCUAUGUUUCCAGCUGUUAAACCAUCGCAACAACCAGAUAGCUAUCGUCGUCAAGUAAACGUCUAUGGUAAAAAUGCUCCUCUACCAACAAAUAAUCAAAGACAAAAGAACGCCAAUAAUCAAGUACGACUACGAACACCACCUUCAGCAUCAACAAGAUUACCUAAAACUGUAUCACCGACACGAUACGUAGAUAUUCGACGAAGUCCAGUCGAUACAAGUACAUCUCCGGAAGAAAAUGUGAGAUUAGGACGAGUUGUCAGUGUAGAAACCAUGGAAUAA